UGUGGCUGAAGCCAGCUUGAGCCUCCGUCGACUUUGAAUCGGCCACUUAGUUCGUUGAUGGCAGAGUACGCUGUUUACUCCGCCGACACCCACCACCCCCUUUCGACCAACCGACAGAAACCGAUGGAGAAACAUGGACAACAUUGAGAGCCGCCUGAGACAAGCAAGCCAUCGUGCCCUCUCCUUUUUUUCCCCGCGGAACGAGCGCGGAGAAGGUGAGGAGAGGCGCGCCGUUACACCCUUUUGCUCAAUUACAAAGUACUGUCGCCCAGAAGGUCGCCUUGCCGCCCCGCCCGCCGUAUGCGCAUCACGACCCACCACUGCCCUGCUACUACUUGGUUGUUCCCUCGGUGAUUGAGAUGCGUAACUCUGUGUGUAAUUGCAUGCAUCCAUGCAUGCAUGUGCUGCAUACCAGUCUUUCCUUUCUUUCUUCCAUUGCCCAUCCAACCAACCAUUCAUCGUCCACCAAAGUCUGCCACCCCACUCAUCUGGAGUGUUACCUGCUCAAGUCUCAUGCUCUCCCUCCCCCCACAAAUCCGCAGCCCUGGAUGGCCUACUACCGACUGGGACCUGACUGUUCCGUCCGCUGUCACUUUUGCUACUUGCUUGCUACACUACUGCUCGUGUCAAAAGGGUCAAUCGGCCCGUUGGCCAGCCUGAUCUUUCGUCCAUGCCCUCGCCUUGUAUCGAGUGCACGCACAAGUAGCUACACGUACGUGCCAACAUCUGUACGUUGACGUCGACCUUGUCCCCGUUGGAGAAGGGACCGGCGGAGGAAUCCCUACCGUGUCGUUGUGCCGCUAGAAUCGGAUUUUCCAGAUUCGAAAGAGAUUUUCCUUCGGCUGUUUGUCUGCUUCGAGAACGGCUUACCCGUUUUUUCUCAACCGAUGACGAACCGAGCAGACAGACACCAUGCACGCAAUAAUAGAGCAUGUACCAUGUAGAUUAUCAGAACAAAAAAUGGCAACCACCAAGCACGAUCAUCUGUGUAGUUGCACCUUCGCGUUUCCGUCCUACGUAGGUAUCUUGCACGGUACAGGCUGAAGGAGUGACUUCAAUUUAAUUCUGAUACAAUCCAAGGAUCAACGAAGACGUGGACCUUGUUCGAUCCCACAACGGUGUCGCUCCUGUACGCGUUGUUCGGUAGGCUCAAUGCUUUGCGGCAGAUGUUGAGAAAACCAUCGUGACUAUAGAUUCGUUACCUUGGCUACCGUUCGGUACUUGGUACCCCGUCACAUACGUCCUCACCAAGCGAGCAUCAAAGUCUAUAGAUUAUUAUACCAGCCAUGACAGCCUCUGCCUGAUUCUCCCACCCGCCGCCACAGACGCCGCACAGAAGAGCCUCAACUCAGUCCAAACCCCCCCAACAAGACGCAGACGUGUGCAAUUGCUGCUCCCUGCCUGAAUCUGCCACCCUUGUGCCCUCGUGACUCUAUCCGAUGACGGAGAUGCAACAGCCAGAUGCUGCUUGAGCCAAUCACACAGCGGCGCACCGCCCGUCCUUGCCGAUCAACAGCAGGAGCACUGACAAAUGUACCCAAUCACUGGGUCCAAUUCCCCUUUCUGCUGGACCCUGCAUAUCUCAUUUCGCCUUUUUUUUUUCUUUUGAUCCUUCGAAAAAGUGCACGCAUGACGGCUUUCUCCAGCUCCAACUCGACCUCUCUGUCUCUGAGCCAUCGUCGCUGUACACUCUCCACAUGAUGCCGUAGCGCCUCCAAGGCGCCGUCUAUGCGCUCGGAAAUCCACCACCCCACAAAAGCCACGUGCAGCAGCGUUUCACUAGGUGCAAUGUCGGCCUGCUUCGGCCAACCGUGCAAUAUCAUGAAUGGUCCUGUCUAUGCGUUGGCCAGCCAGCCAGCCCAGCUUGAGGAUGGAAACGACUCCAAGCAUGCACGCAAACAAGCAUAGCCCGGCCCGCCAUGUCAAGUGCCUACCUCCGAGUCUUCUCCCCAGGGGCGGCAAGCAGUCUCAACGUCGAAACGUCGGAGCUUGGACGCCAAGCCGACAAACCGAGGCUAGCGACCUGGCUGAUCCCCAAGUUUCCAUGCUCCCACCUAUCACCAGCUCCCAUCCAUCUAACCUCCAUCCAUUCAGCCCUCUCUCCUAUGUACCUUUGGGCCACAUCUUCCCGGCCAGCAUCGGCUGCGUCCUUUGUGGCGCACCGCCUGCCAGCACUCCGACUGUUUGUUGCACGUGAGCGAAUACGAUGAACCCAAACUCUCUUUCCACACCAUGCCACGCCACGCUGUCGCUCGUCGCCCAUAUGCCAAUCCGCAUGGAACAAUCAAUGAUGCUCCCUGAAUGACAUCCCCCCCCUCGCCGAAUUGGAGUCACGCUUGUGGACGCUUGUACUGUCCCUCCAACUCCAUCAGGAACAAUUCAUGCCCAACCCCCAAGAGCAAAUUAUCCCGUCUAUAUUAACCUACCCUUUGCAGCAAGUCAAACGAACCCUGUACCGAAACGUCCAUUCCCAGGAUGCAAGGUUGGGAACGCCCUACCGUUCUGGGCUUAGUCUCGCUCACCGCUUUCAAACUUCUCACCCACGCGUUAGAGACAACAUUAGGUCCUGCCAGGCGACGCACGUUGUGCAAGGAGCUUGCGUGUCGCCAGUGACCACCACGCCUCAUGCCAUUUGCUCGACCCUGAACCUGUUCGUCUUGAGUGCACUCUCGUUCAGGGUCUACUCCAGAGUAUCGACAGAUAUGUCUAUUCGUGGCGAGUUUUUGUACAUUUCGUCUCGAGAAUCGGGGUUCUCACAUCUCCAGGCCGCCUCUAGUGACGUUUGUUCCCUGACUUCAAAACACAUGAAACUCACCUACUUCAAUACUGUAACAUGGUCCAGCUCGAGACGAGGUCGACUGAAUUGCUGUCAAGCAUAGAGGGCCAUGUGGUCUUCGUGUCACGUCUGCUUAGCAUGUAUGCACAACGUGCUCGUACGGUCCGUGUGGCAAGGGCGAAAAGAAACGCGAGGCUCUUUUGCCACCUCUUCGUUUUUUCGCUUACCUGCGGAUCGUAGUCGACAGGUGUCCUAGUGACUUGUCGCAUGGGCCUUAAUUCGACUUCCAAAAUAUCUCGAGUCCGUCGCUAUGCUACAACACCGCGCCAUCAACUUGGCUCGGACAGUACUCAGUUCUCAACACCAUGUUUGAUGUAGUUGCUCAACUUCGGGUUCGGUCCGCCGCUGAGUUGAGGUCCCAGAGUCAUGCUACACUCAACACGUGGUGGGUAGCUCGUCCCGAAAGCUUCCUCCCGUCUCCUGUUCUCCACUAUCUCAGAUACUCUCCAGCGCCCACA